GAGCCGAGACGGAACGCUCGAGGUUCCCUCGCCGAAGGUGAACGGAUGCGGUAGAAACGCAUGGAAUCGAGCACGCGGCGGCCGGUCAGAGGAGAGCGUGUGUAGUCGCCGGGAGUGAUGAGCUCAGAGGUUUGCGCAGUGACUGAAGUUUGGCUCUGGUACUCAAACGCUCAUACGUCACCGAGAGGAGACCCCUCGCCGAAACGAUUCGGAUCACCGAAAAAGCCGCGACAGGUAAAAAAAAAAAAAGCUCCGCCAGACCCAGCCGAGGUCGCGCGUCAACCACCCGCGACCAGCGAGUUCACGAAUGACACGCGUGCUGUAACUUUUAGGGUAACGUGUGGGCUAAGUUUCGCCACGUGACGGUCGGCACGAUCCCAUUCGAACGCCGUGUUUCGAAGCGACGAACGACUCGUAAUAACCGAAGACCGCUGCAACGGAAAGCGCUUUUCUUCUUAGGGGGUGCCUCGCUCUGAAACAGGGUGUAAUACUCAUUUUCACCUUAAGGAUGUGUAACUGACGGCAUCCCUCAGAUCCAGAGAGGCUGUGGGGAAAGAGGACCGUGAGACUGUCCUGUGGUCCUGCUCGCAGAUUCACUCCCAAUUUCUUGCGGAUUCAGUUCCCAGCGAGCCAGUCUCGCGCUUCUGUUUGUCGAGGAAGAGUCAUGGAUAAUUCAUAAACAUGCAAACCACUGGAUUAAUUUGAUUCAUAUGGUGCUGUGGUUGAACUUAAAGGAUUCGUCGGUGGGAAUAAUUAUCCACAUUUCCAACCUGGCUGGUGAGAGGAGGACUGUUGCAAUGUCAUCCCGUUCAACAUCUUUGGAGCUUUGUGGAAGAGGGAUGCUGGAAUGAAGUCGAGCACUAUGGGGUCUUCCAGGUUGGUUUUUCUGACUCUUCCAGCUCUCCUUACCCUCAUCAACAUCUCACAUGCGGCAGAGAAAGUGCCCAUACUGAACAUUGCCGUGAUCCUGGGUCAAACGCGCUACAUCUCCGAUAGAGAUAUACGGGCUCUGUGGAGCAAAGAUGAUCCCAUUGAUGUCAACGUGGUGACCCUGCUGGUGAAUGAAACGGACCCCAAAAGCAUCAUCACCCAUGUGUGCGAUCUCAUGUCCGGGACCAAAAUCCAUGGGGUGGUGUUCGGGGACGGCACGGACCAGGAAGCCAUCGCCCAGAUUUUGGAUUUUAUUUCCUCUCAGACUUUGAUACCCAUUCUGGGGAUCCACGGCGGCUCGUCCAUGAUCAUGGCGGAUAAGGAUGUAAAAUCUACAUUCUUCCAGUUCGGAGCCUCCAUCCAGCAGGAGGCGCUGCUCAUGCUCAACAUCAUGGAAGAGUACGACUGGCACGUCUUCUCCAUAGUGACCAGCAAGUUCCCAGGCUACCAGGAUUUCAUUGCCAUCCUGAAGACCACGGUCGACAACAGCUUUGUCGGUUGGGACCUCCAGCACACCAUCACCCUGGACGCCGUAGACGGGGACUCCAGGACCCAGAUCCAGCUGAAGAAGGUGCAGUCUCCGGUCAUCCUCUUGUACUGCUCCAAGGACGAGGCCGCUUACAUCUUGGAGGAGGCCCGAUCACUGGGUCUGACCGGGUUCGGCUACAUCUGGAUCGUGCCCAGCUUGACCACGGGCAACCCAGACAUCACUCCAGAUUCGUUCCCCUCUGGAAUGAUCUCUGUAUCCUACGAUGACUGGGACUACCCUCUUGAAGCACGGGUUCGAGAUGGGCUUGGGAUUAUAACCACGGCAGCUGCAGCCAUGUUGGAAGAGUUUGGUGACAUUCCGGAGGCUAAAACCAGCUGCUAUGGCCAAAUGGAGAAAACCAAGCUGCCACCCAGCGCUUUGCACAAGUACAUGAUGAACGUGACUUGGGAUGGAAGAGAUUUGUCCUUCACCGAGGACGGUUACCAGGUGCAUCCCAAACUGGUUGUGAUCGUGCUGAACAAAGACAGAGAGUGGGAAAAGAUGGGCAAAUGGGAGAACCAGAGUUUGACUUUGAAAUACCCUGUGUGGCCUCGCUUCAACUCUUUUGGUGAUGCGGAGACAGACGACAAUCACCUGACCAUUGUGACUCUGGAGGAGAAGCCUUUUGUCAUUGUGGAGAACGUGGAGCGCCUCACGGGCACCUGCAUGAGAAACUCUGUGCCCUGCCGCAAACACAUCAAAGACAACACCACAGAGGGAGGAGGAACGUACAUUAAAAAGUGCUGCAAAGGCUUCUGCAUCGACAUCCUGAAGAAAAUCGCUCGGAACGUGAAGUUCACAUACGACCUUUAUCUGGUGACCAACGGGAAGCACGGCAAGAAGAUCAACAACGUGUGGAACGGCAUGGUGGGGGAGGUGGUGUACAAAAAAGCAGUCAUGGCCGUGGGCUCCCUGACAAUCAAUGAGGAGCGCUCAGAGGUCAUCGAUUUCUCCGUCCCCUUCGUGGAAACAGGGAUUAGUGUGAUGGUAUCCCGUAGCAACGGAACCGUCUCCCCAUCAGCGUUUUUAGAGCCCUUCAGUGCGUCUGUGUGGGUGAUGAUGUUUGUGAUGCUGCUGCUGGUGACUGCUAUGGCUGUCUUCAUGUUUGAGUACAUCAGCCCCCUGGGCUUCAACAGGAACCUCGCUCAGGGCAAAGACCCCCACGGACCAUCCUUCACCAUGGGAAAAGCAGUCUGGCUGUUGUGGGGCCUGGUAUUUAACAACUCUGUGCCCGUGCAAAACCCCAAAGGCACCACCAGUAAAUUCAUAGUGUCGGUCUGGGCCUUCUUCGCUGUCAUCUUCCUGGCCAGUUACACUGCCAACCUGGCUGCUUUUAUGAUCCAGGAGGAAUUUGUGGACCAAGUGACAGGUCUAAGUGACAAAAAGUUUCAGAGUCCCCACUCCUACUCCCCUCCAUUCCGCUUUGGAACGGUUCCUAACGGCAGCACAGAGAGGAACAUCCGUAAGAAUUACCCCGACAUGCACCAGUACAUGGUGAAGUACCAUCAGUCCGGGGUGACCGACGCGCUGGUCAGCUUGAAGACGGGCAAACUUGAUGCCUUCAUAUAUGAUGCAGCUGUGCUGAACUACAUGGCCGGUAGGGAUGAGGGCUGUAAACUAGUUACCAUUGGCAGUGGCUACAUCUUUGCUACCACUGGCUAUGGCAUUGCCCUGCAGAAAGGGUCGGCCUGGAAGCGCCCAGUGGAUCUGGCCAUUUUGGCUAUUAUUGGAGAUGGUGAGAUGGAGGAGUUGGAAGCUCAGUGGCUGACUGGGAUCUGCCACAAUGAGAAGAACGAGGUAAUGAGCAGCCAGCUGGAUGUGGACAACAUGGCUGGAGUGUUCUACAUGUUGGCGACUGCCAUGGGUCUCAGCCUCAUUACCUUUGUCUGGGAGCACCUGUUCUACUGGAGACUCAGAUACUGCUUCACUGGCGUCUGCUCAGGCAAACCUGGUCUGCUCUUCAGUAUCAGCAGGGGUAUAUGGAGUUGCAUUCAUGGCGUUCACAUCGACAUGAAGAAAAAGUCAUCUGAUUUGGACUUCAGUCCACAGUCCAACAUGCUGAAGCUUAUCAAGUCUGCUAAGCAGAUGACUAAUAUGACCAACCUCAGCGGCUCCAGGAUCAACUCUCCUAAGCGUGGCGGUGAGUUCAUGCAUUCUGCGAGCCCCAUGAUCAUGGACAUGAUGGCAGAGAAAGGGAACUUUAUCUACACUGACAACCGUAGCUAUGCCCAGAAGGACAUCUACGGAGACUCCAGCGACUUGCAGGCAUAUCUGGCCAACCGCCACAAGGACCAUCUGAACAACUACAUCUUCCAAGGUCAGCAUCCCCUCACCCUCAAUGAAUCAAACCCUAAUACCGUAGAGGUGGCAGUGAGCGCAGACACAGCCCAGACCAAUGCGAAACCCAGAGCUCUGUGGAAGAAAUCUGUGGAUACUUUGCGUCAAACUCAAGGGCCUGAUACCCUAGACCCCCGUUUGUCCAUGAAGAGUCAGAGGUACCUGCCAGAGGACGCGGCACACUCAGAUAUCUCUGACUGCUCAAGCAGAGCCACCUCCUACAAGGAUCCAGACAAUAACAAGCACCUGAAGCCCAAGGAUAACUUAAAAAAAAGAUCGAUGACGUCAAAAUACCCUAGGGAUUGCAGCGAAGUAGAGCUGUCCUACUUAAAAAAUAAGCAGGGCGGAGCGGGCCGGGAGAAAAUCUACACCAUAGACUCUGACCGGGAGCUGAGUCUGCACUCAGAGCCACAGCACUACAGGGAAGGCAGAGGCCUGACAACUGACGAUUUGGAUUUCGGUGAAAUUUACUCUGACCACAACGACAAUUACAGGAAAUGCGACCAGCCCAUCAUCCAUCUCAACAGCAGCCCCCUCCAUCAAGGCGAUUCGGACCUUCUGCCAGACAACGUAUACAACAAACACUACAACGUGAAAGAGAAAAACCUCAGUCCUCACGAAAGCAACGACCGGUUCAAACAGACUCAUUGCCGGAGCUGUCUUUCAAAGGUGACCAACUACAGUACGGGGCCGUACGCAGGCCUACGCUCGCCGUAUAACCGGUGCGAGGCAUGCCUCCACAUGGGCAACCUAUAUGACAUCAGUGAGGACCAGAUGCUGCAGGAGGCCAUGAUGAGCCCCAGCAUGCACCACGAUGACAUGUUUAGCCACUACUGGCCUCAGACAGAUGGGCCACACGUGCAGAGGAGAAAUAGACUGAGGCUCAGCCGUCAGCACUCCUUUGACAAUAUCAUGCUUGAGAAGCCCAAAGAAAUUGACCUGAACCGGCCAGCGCGGAGCGUCAGCCUAAAGGAGAAGGACCGCUUCCUGGAAGACAGCCCUUAUGCAAACAUGUUUAACAUCAAGGCCGACAAACUAUUCGGCAGCAGGUCCAUGCUCUUUAACCGAAACCUGGAGGAAAGCAAGCGUAGUAAGUCACUUUACCCCGAUCACCCCUCGGACAACCCCUUCAUGCAAUCUAUACGGGAUGACACUCGCCUGGUCCACGGCAGGAGCUCCUCAGAUAUUUACAAACAGUUGGCUCCCAUCAAAGCUAGGAACGAGAACAAUCUGAGGUCCUCCGUGAAGUCCACCACUUCAUACUGUUCCAGGGAUGGUCGAAUACCCAAUGACAUGUACAUUUCAGAGCAUGUAAUGCCUUAUGUAGCCAACAAGACUAGUGCAUACUCAGCUCCCCGGGUUCUCAACUCUUCUCAGUUUAGCAAUAGACGAGUGUAUAAGAAAAUACCUAGUCUCGAGUCAGAUGUUUAAUGCUUUUUUGUGUAGUUGAACUAUUUACUCACUUAGAAUGCCACAGUCACCUACAUCUACAAAGUACCCGAGAUAUCGCUCCACUUAUACGAGCGCUUUCCAGAGGUUUUCAGAGUUUUAAGAUUCCUUCUGGGCAGAUAUCUGCAGAAAGAGAGUUAGUCAAGUGUAAGCCAGUAAAAUGUGAUCCAGCAUGGAAGUUGUUGCCUAUACCCAACACUUGGCCUAGCACUAGUGUGUACUUGUAACACUGAGUGCUAGGACAGAUGUGCCGCUUCAAGUCCGACCUGAAGCUGCAGUGGGCUAAAGCAGAUCUUAGGGUGGGGUUUCAGGUAUUUGGCCCCACAUUGCAUGUGAGAAGAGCGUAUAUGUAUCUGAUGGACUGUGGCUAAACUUAAGGCAAGCAAGGGUAUUUCAUCCAUGGCACUCAGCAAUUGCAUUUUUGCUUUUAUUACUAUAGACUUGGGAUUUUUGGCAUUCUAAUCCCUAUUUAGAAUUUAGACUCUUCUCUAUCUUAUUUGGUAGCACAAUAAUCAUUAGUUAACCGCCCACCUCUGCUUUAUAAACAGAACUUCUAUAUUACUGUCAGGAAUAGAUUUCUUUUGCAUGUGUGUUUCUUUUCUUGUCUUAUUUCGGUUGAAGAUAUACUUACAUUAAGGUGAUUUGGUUCUACAGCUGAGGUGGUCAUCUGUGCAAUGAAAACUUGACCUGUAUGUAGGUUGUUUGACUGGGAAUAUUGCGUUGAUCCUCCAUUUCCAGAUUGUGGGGAAGUUUUUUGCGCUGAAAGUUUGUCUCGCAUUUAUUUCCUUCGAUACUUCCAUCUCGUCACUGUACACUGUGAAACCGAAUCAGAGCAUCACCUCUCGAAGACUGUUGUUUACUGUAGUUUGGCGGAGCCUCGCUUCGCUGUUGCGAUCCACUCAGUAAGUGUAACGAGGGCCGCGUGUGAAGCUUGAAGUCUGAUCUAGAGCAUUGGUUUUCUGUCGCAGUCCGUAACACCAUCAACAGGCCAUUGGCAUUGAGGACUACCACGCAAGACCUUUGUUCUGCAGACCUAUUACUAAACUUUAUACUGUACAGACACACUCAAUGAACUCCAUGCAAUGUGAAUCAGAACACAUAGCCAAAUCGUGUAUUAGAUCAAAUACCUCAGGAUGGUUCUGUGUCAUUUUGUGUAAUGUUUUCUCGACACCACCUAAAGGCACAUUCACAUUGCGUUUGGGCAUGUAUUCCUCCACUCCGCUAUGGUUGUCCGAGGACUUCCAUCGCGGUUGCGUUUAGAGGGAGGAUCUUUGAAAUGAGCUUUAUGUUUACGACUCCAACAUUUGUUGGAAAACAGGAUGUGUAUCGACAUGAACGUGUUUGUACGACUGCUCUAGCAGCUUCCGCUCUCAUAUCAGACUUGGUUUCUUUGAACUUCCCCGAUAAUGUGACAUAAUUCACUGUACACUUAUCUUGAAUAUGUCAUCACUGUCAUAAUCAUGAACAUAUUCAUCAUAUGAAGUGCUGCUUUAAGAAGCUAAUGUGCGUAUGCACAUGUAAAAUAUCAAGGUCUUGUAAUCAUAUAUGCCAUACAUAGUUUUUACUCUUUGCAACUUGUUUUUCAGUUAUAUUUUUCACCCUUGUAAUAACCCCAGUCUUUAAGGAAAAUGUAUUUUGAUUACAUGAACAUGAAUUAUAAUAAUGGCAUGCGACUCAAUUGUAACUCUUUCUAUGUUUUUGUUAUGAUGUUAUGAUCACAAAUUAUUUGUAACAGGGUGCAAAUAUAGCAUAUAUAUAUAUAUAUAUAUAUAUAUAUAUAUAUAUAUAUAUAUAUGAAAAAAAUGAUCGUUCAUAUUGCAGAGCUGCUGUUUUGGGGAAAAUAAGCAAGGUAUUGUUCUCUAGUAUUAUUCACAGAGCCACAUCUGCAUUGAUUUCGUAUCCUUCGUGAGGCGAGGUGAAUAUCCUUGCUCUUCCUCGAUUGGCAGGUGAAAACAUCACCAGCUGCGCUUUCAGUAUCUUACCUGUCAUCUAUAGCCAGACUUAACCUGUAAAGAGAGAGAAAAAAAGUUUUCGGGUCUGCUAUCCCUCCAAAGAAAUGACGUCUUCUUGAUUUUCUUUAUUAUCUAUGGUUUGCUGUAAGAAUAGAGCUUUUUUAAUUCCUCAAAGACUUAGCAACUAUUUUGAAUAUACAACACUUGUAAAUUGCUUGUAAAUUCAUACUCAAAUAAUUCAUGGAAGCUACGAAGAUACAGAGUAAACAAUAUUUUUUGUGUGGGUUUCACAGGUCUGUACAGUAGCACUCGUUUUCUGUAGCGUACGUACGAGAAAAUGACAUCACUUACAAGUUCUGCAUUCGAAAUGUCACCUUACGAGAUUUCAAAGUCUCCAUGCAGUUUGUUAUCAGGGAUUGUAGCCCUGCAGUUUUUUAAGCUUGAACAUUUCGGGGGCCGGGUGGAUGUUGGGAUUAGGGUUGGGGGCUGGGACUACAGCUAUUGCGGCAGAUUUUUUCUAAGUAAACACUGUCAAUCCACUUGAAGGUGAGCUUGGAUCAAGCAUGCCUACAGAUCGAUGCGAGGAGAACUGGCCUCUUUGGUUCACAGACAUGAGACUGCAGGGUACGAAUCCAUCCUGCUCAUGAACCAAAGCUCUGUGGCCACUACAGCGUGUCGUUCAGGCCGCCAAACUUCUGGGAUUUUUACACAGAAACAUCUUGAAAACCAAAAUGUACUUUUUACUUCAUCGUUCUGUAUUUGUGGAAGGUUAUCGGAGGCGGUCGGGUGGAACAGCGCAGGUCAGGUAUUGAUUGCAACUGGAUACAGUUAGGGAACUGUGUGGGUUUAUUUUAUGUAGCAGUUUUUGGCUAGGCAAAAGCCAUCUGUAGUUUAUUAAAAAUCUAUUAUAUUAUAUUUUUGGUUUUAUUUACCUCUCAUAGAGUAGUGCGCAAAUGUGAACUUAACGUAGCUCAGAUGCCGAUUAUUUCCAUAAAACGAGCUAGACUAGGCGAAGUACCGUAGUUCAGUUUUCAGUAAGCAAGGAUUUUUAAGUCACAGAAAAAAAAAUUAGUACUUUCUCAAUUACACGUUAAACACCGGUUAAGGGUUAAUCUGUUUCAUCCGUCACGUUUGUUACGCUCCACUUCUUUCAGCAGAGACAUGUGCUUGUGCACGGUUUUCUGUGGAAGGUGAAGAGAGGGAUUUUUUAGGAAUGGCGGCUAAUGGCGCUCAGUCCGUAUGCUGAAUAUUUACACUUUAAAAGUCUUUUCAGAUAACAGAGAUGCCUCCAUCGCCACGCAUUUGUCUUUUAUAAAAUCCAUUAGGCUAAAAGAUACAUACAGAACCAAUUUCCUUUCCCUUUUAUGACCGCGCAGGGCAGAAAUUCAAAAGCGAAACGUGGAAGCAGAGAUGUGAGACGUUACUUAACAUGACAACAGAUCUCCUUCCAAGUCAAUUCUGCAUCCACCAUUUGAAAUCCAUUCUUUCCCAAACUGAUAUUUUGCCAAGUGCAGUGUAGUAAGAACAACAGGCCCUUUCGGCUGCCAGGCAAGCUGUUGUACUGUCACUGCAUCAUUGGCUGUGUUCCCAUCGAGGUAGUUUCAAGGAGAAAUCACCUCAGCUCAAAUUACAUCUGCCAGAGCCACACAAGGCACGGUGAGAAGGGGCAGGUGGCUAAAGACAGGAGCGAGAGUCCUCAUGCAUGACUGUGUCGACUGCAGCUCGCUCUCUUUCGUUCUCAGGCCACUUUAUAACCCUCAGGAAGACGUUUGCAGGGGCAAAAAUGGCAGCUUGAAAACAACUAACUUGGCUCUUUUAGCAAUGCCAUUUUUAUCAUCGCAUGACUAAAAUACGAGGAUUAUUCAGUCACCCUGAGUUUUAGAAGCAAACGCCGCUCUUGAUUUCUGUAAUGCAUUUCCAGCGAUGGAUAUUUGAAAUGCUCGGUUGUUUUAAUAGGAUAUCAAAAUACAGGACAGACCGUGAUUUAGUGAGUGUCGACCCUAAAGGAAGCAAAAAGUAACUGAAUUCUUUGUUUGAGUUUGAGCACAGAGCUGCUAGGAAUACUUGCACUUAAUAAAGGAUAAAAGAACGCUGCCUUCCCUGUAAAAAUGACGAUUUUGCUCGUCGUGGACUCACAACGGAAAGAAACAUUUGUUUGAAAAGAAUCACUUGUGUUUCCUGUUUAACUAAUCACUCUUGUGAGCUUUGCAUUCAUAUUUUCUGUGGUUAAAAGUAGAAAUUAUUUUAGAACAGUGUUUUAUACUAGGGCGGGUGGGGAUUGUCAUGUGACUAUAACCUAUUUAUCACUGAAACCAUGUGACCUGCUGCCUAAAUGUUCUUUUAUAAUGAAGCAUUAUCACUUGUGUGCGUACUGAAAUGUCUUAAGAACUUUUUAAUGUAAGUUGAAAGUAAUCGCUUACAUAAAGCUGACACAAACUUGCAUAAAUGAAAUCAUUUCUGCUAUUGGCAACUUGCAUGAGAAAGUACUAAUUCAGUGGGGCGGUUUGAACAUAUCUCCUGUUCUCUCUAAAGUACAUUUCAUUUGUAACAUAAAGUAUUGUGUUGGGGAUUUUUUUUUUUCGUUCUCUGCUUUUUUAUGUGUAUGUAGAUCAUAUUAAAGGAACAGGUCUGAUAUGUGACUUGUGAAAUGUCAAUAUGACGUGGUUGCAGGACGUGUGCUGGGUUACAAGAUGUAAAAACAUGUAUAUAAGUCAAAGUUUCAUUUUUCUAAUAAAGGCUCUUUCUGCCACUUUA